AUGGUCUCAUCUACAUCUGGUGCAGCUGAUACUGCAGUCAUCAUCCCGACGGCACAACAGCUUGCAGAUCACGCUCGACUGGCCAAGCUGCGAGUUUCAGCGUUCGGUGACAUCGACAAGGUCUGGCCUGAUAAUAUCGAAAAUGUGUUACCCAAGCUGGAAGACAACCAGACCAGGGAAAUUACAUCGAAGUUGCUAAACCCUGUAAUAACGUUUGACCAGACCGAUGAACUAGUUCGUGCCAGCAGUGGUAGAUUGCCUUCCAGCCUCCACCGCACAUACUACGAGACCUCCCAGACUUACUGUCGCUGGGUCGACAUAGACACGCACCCCAAACAUCGCGAGUUUCCAGAUCUGAAAAUCAGCGAGGGAAUGGGCUUCCAGUCGAUCGGAUCGUUUGUCCUGGAAGAUGAUCUGACAAGAGAACGUAUUGAGCGCCAGCUCGUCUGGAACAAGAAGAUCGAACCCACCUCGUACAUCUCCGCGUUCGACGAUCUGAGUCAUGCUAUACGAAGAGCAGGGUUUCACUAUGACGACAGCAAGAGGAUCGGCAUGUGUGUAUCGAUUGCUCGCAUAAGUAGCGAUGGCAUGAUCGCUGGAACUGUACGGUCUCAAAUGGAGACUACGGUGACAGUUACAACCACGCGACGUUGGCACCCAGACGUAAUCGAAACCGCUACGAAGAUACACAACAUCAUCACCCCGGUAUGGAUACGGGAUACCGGUGUACCAAAAGAUCGCUCCGCCAUAACUUCGCAACAACUGGCAGCAUCUGGCGCAGAUAUGUGGUUGUCAAUAUCCGAGAUCCGCGCCAGCGACAUGAAGAUCAUUCUACCCAAGGUCCGUAGAUGGGAUACAAUAUGCGCAAAAGGUCACGCCUACGAAUGGCUUGCAUGUGGAUUCAUUCGAAAGGAACACGUCACUCGUAUUAUGCCCUGGGAUGGCGUUCGGCUGCACAAGGAACCAGAUGUGCGAAUCAUUCGGAGCAUCGACAGUCCUAAUCCUUGGAUCUUCGACCAGAACACGAGCAAGUGGCGCCUUGACCCUAGACUGUACCGUACUGCCUGCUUCUUGGAGACUUACGGAGGAAACAAGCGCAAGGUCUCCGAUGAAGAACGCGACCAACAUCACGAAGGACCCUCGCGAAAGCGCCGCAAGACCAUCAUCAUCUCCACGUACAAGGGCGAGAAGGCCAAGAGUACCCCAAAGGUCAAGCGAAACCACAACCCGUAUGAUCCCGAUUACACUCCAGAUACGUCGGAGCAGGCAGACAGUGCUACAGGCUGCUGUUCUGCUUGUGGUCAGCAGAAGGCCCCAGUUCACUUCAACGAGGAGAUUGACGGACCUCUUUCGUAUCUUGACCUGGCUAUGCCAUCCAAGACUGCUCGCCAUUAG